AUGUCGGUCAUAACUCGCUGCGCAUCUGUCUUGCUGGGACUACUCAUGCUCUCGACUGUCGACCAAUCAGAAGCUGUAGGCACAACAACAUCUCGCACAGCGAGCGGACCUCGAGAACGCGUCAGUCUCAACGCCGACUGGCGCUUCCGGCGCUUUGUUGACAACCCAGAUGGCCUUUCAUACGAAACACUCAAGCCCUGGAUCCUUCCUGCAGCGAACGACUUUCUGAGUGGAUCAAAGUAUGAACGGCCCUCUGAAGUAGGUCCAGGAAGCAAUGUUACCUACGUCCAACCAGCCUUCGAUGACGGUGCCUGGGAGGCAGUCAACUUGCCCCACGACUGGGCUGCUGGUGGGGACUUCGACUUCUCGCCUGAGCUCGAUGGUGGCACAGGACGCUUACCGAUCAACGGUAUCGGAUGGUAUCGUCGGUCGCUAGCUUUGGACCCGAGUACCAUUGAGUCCGGCAGAUCGGUAUUCUUGGACAUCGAUGGAGCAAUGGCAUAUGCAACAGUUUGGCUCAAUGGCCAGUUAGUUGGUGGCUGGCCAUACGGCUACAAUUCGUUCCGUCUCGAUCUCACUCCUUAUGCGCAGGCAGGCGACAACUUGCUAGCAAUCAGGGUCGACAACGCGCCCGAUUCUUCAAGAUGGUAUCCGGGUGCGGGAAUCUACCGCAACACAUGGCUGGUGAUAGUAAGCCCUGUACACGUAGCGCAGUAUGGCACAUACCUUACCACGCCGAAAAUCUCUCCUGAGCAGGCUACCAUCGACCUCAAAGUUGAAGUAGAGAACAAGGGCAACACAAGUCAGACUGUGCAAGUCACCACAGAGGUUUUCGAGCUCGACGCGUUGUCCAGGAGAGCGUCAGGUAGCGCAGUGGCGAAGAUUUCAGCAGCAACGGUCAGCAUACCCGGCGGAGUGAAGCAAUCUGUCAAUGGCUCCACUACCGUUGCCAACCCCAAGUUAUGGGGACCGGUCCCGAAACAAACGCCGAAUGAGUACAUUGCUAUUACUACUUUGUCCAGCAAUGGCACUGCAAUCGACGUUUACGAGACUCUGUUUGGUAUUCGUUCCAUAACCUACGAAGCGGAUCAAGGCGUUUUAAUCAACGGUAUACACGUCCCCGUGUACGGAACUUGCAACCAUCACGACCUUGGGUCUUUGGGAGCGGCGUUUAACUACCGUGCUGCAGAGCGCCAGAUCGAAAUGCUCCAAGAAAUGGGCAACACAGCGUUGCGAACCUCCCACAACCCACCUGCACCCGAGCUCCUGGACCUUGCUGAUCGGCUUGGUCUCAUGGUUAUGGAUGAAAUCUUUGACACCUGGAAUGUUGCGAAGGUCGAUAAUGAUUUCCAUCUCAUCUUUCCUGAAUGGCAUGAGCCUGAUCUGCGUUCAUUUGUCCGCCGCGAUCGUAAUCACCCUUCUAUCAUCUCAUGGAGCAUUGGCAACGAGAUUCCUGAGCAGUCGGAAUCCAUUGGUACCGCUACUGCCAAGAUGCUGCAAGACAUCGUGCAUGAGGAAGAUCCCACAAAGCAGGUUACCAUUGGUAUGAACAGCGCAGGCCCAAAUACGGGCCUGGCUGCAGAGAUUGACAUCAUCGGACUCAAUUACCAGGGUGAGGGCAGGGGUAGUGCCAGCUCAGGCUCGUUUGCUAGCUUCCGCAGCAUGUUUCCCAAUAAGAUGAUCUGGAGUACCGAGUCCGCAUCGACGGUCAGUUCACGCGGCAUAUACCUGUUCCCAGUCACCCCAAACAAGAGCGCUAUUGUCGGCGGUAAGCCUGGCGAAGGUGGCGACCCUAUCAAUAGCCAAGUGUCUGCGUACGAGCUCUACGCGCCGACGUGGGCUUCAUCACCUGACAAGGUUUUCGAGCAGCAUGAUCGCAAUCCAUACGUUGCUGGCGAAUUCGUCUGGACUGGGUUCGACUAUAUCGGCGAGCCGACUCCCUACGACAACUCCAGUCGCAGCUCUUACUUCGGCAUCAUUGAUCUUGCUGGCUUUAAGAAGGAUCGCUUCUAUCUGUACCAAGCCCGCUGGCGCCCGGACUAUCCUCAAGUGCACAUACUACCUCACUGGAGCUGGCCUGACCGCGAGGGUCAAGUAACACCUGUCCAUGUCUUCACAUCAGGUGACGAAGCGGAGCUUUUUAUCAACGGCAAGUCUGCUGGUCGCCAAAAACGUGGACAGUACGACUACCGCCUCCGCUGGGACAAUGUGACUUACACACCGGGAGAGAUCAACGUGAAGGCAUGGAAGAAUGGCCAGGAAUGGGCAACGGCUUCUCACCGCACAGUUGGUGCCGCUGCAUCGCUCAAUGUGACGGCGGACCGCACUAGCAUUGAUGGAGAUGGCAAGGACUUGUCGUUUGUCACUGUUGCAGUUGUCGACGAAAACGGUGACACUGUGCCUCAAGCUGACAACAAGAUCACUUUCUCGGUUGCAUCUGGGCCGGGUGAGAUUGUCACAACGGAUAACGGCGACCCGAGGGACGGUACACCGUUUCCCUCUCCAACUCGCAAGGCGUUCAGUGGUCUUGCUCUUGCGAUCAUACGGGCCAAACAAGGAUCGAGUGGAGAGAUAGUCAUUAAGGUCACGUCUGAAGGUCUGACUGCUGGUCAAGUGGUACUUACAGCUGCUUAA